GCCGCAGCCGUCUCGGAUUCGGUGCCCAUCGAGACUGCACAUGAGGAUAUGAUCCACGACGCGCAGCUCGACUACUAUGGCAAACGCCUAGCUACCUGCUCUUCGGAUCGCAGUGUGAAAGUCUUCGACGUAGUUGACGGGGAUGCUCAAAGAUCAAUUGCUGGUCAGACACUCAAAGGGCAUACUGGGCCGGUCUGGCAAAUCGCUUGGGCACACCCAAAAUACGGGCACAUCCUCGCUUCGUGUUCGUAUGAUGGAAAGGUGUUGAUUUGGAAGGAACAACCUGGUCAGGGAGCUGGUCAGGGAGGGUGGAUUAAGAUUAAAGAGCAUACUCUGCAUACAGCCUCAGUAAACUCUGUAUCCUGGGCGCCCCAUGAACUCGGAGCCAUCCUUGCCUGCGCAUCCUCUGAUGGAAAGCUUUCAGUUUUGACCUUCAAAAACGAUGGCCAAUGGGACGCUGACAUCUUCAACGGUCAUGCUAUUGGCUGCAAUGCUGUUUCAUGGGCGCCCGCAAUUCUCCCCGGUUCUCUCAUCACCCCCCAACCUCAAGUAGCGCCUGGCCAGCCCCAAUCAUCACCUACAUCCUCCGUCAAGCGCUUCGCCAGUGCCGGCUGUGACAAUCUCGUCAAGAUCUGGGGAUACCGCGAAGAUACACAAUCAUGGGCCGAGGAGGAGACGCUAGAAGGUCACACGGACUGGGUGCGAGACGUGGCGUGGGCUCCAAAUGUUGGCCUUCCGAGGAGCUACAUCGCAACCGCCUCGCAGGAUAAGACAGUCCUCAUCUGGACAAAGGAUACUCCCACCGCUCCAUGGGUGAAAACCGCUUUGGAUCCAUCGACGUCACUUGCUCCUACCUCUGGUGCACCCCCUCCACCUGGUAAAUUCCCUGACGUCGUUUGGCGCGUGUCAUGGAGCCUUGCAGGGAACUUGCUUGCUGUCAGCUGCGGAGAUGGUAGGGUGACCCUGUGGAAGGAGAACCUGAAGGGCGUCUGGGAGUGUGUCAGCGAUAUGAACAGCUAAACCUAUUGUGACUGUAAUGGUGCGGGCUUGUAGACUGGAUGAGAUACUAUUUUACAACUUUUUAUCG